CAGAAAUCAUUCAUGUUUCUAGCGCUUUGUUCAUCCUCAAGGUUGUGAGCCGACAUUUCGGUUUCUAUUGUUAUUGGUAUUUUGUUUUAUAUAAAGGCUCUGAACGUUAACAUUUUAUUUCUGUCUAAAUUUCGUCCCUUAAUCUAAUUUCCAGGAUUUGUUUGGGGUGAAUACCAGGCUUUCGUCAAACAUUAAACACUAGAUUCACAUCAAAAAAUGGCAUCGGGUAUUGCUAGGUCAAAGCUGAUGAAUUUCGCUUUCAGGUGCCAAUGGAACCCUGUGUCACUCAUAUAUCGUUCUGAGUGUUCCUCCGCAAAAUUUAGUCUUUCUGAUUACAAGUCUUUUAAGUUAGAUUCCACGCCAGCAAAUGAAACUGAAUGCAGUCGUGAUGAUGCACUUAGAUACCUCGAAAGUCUUCACCGUAUUCGUAGAAUGGAAACGGCACUAGGUAACAUGUAUAAAGAAAAGCUCAUUCGCGGUUUCUGUCAUCUAUACUCGGGUCAGGAAGCAGUUGCAGUUGGUAUUGAGGCUGCUUUACAGCCAGGCGAUACAAUUAUCACUGCUUAUCGCUGCCACGGCUUUACAAUGACUCGCGGUGUUCCUGUCCACAAUAUAGUUGCAGAACUCGCAGGAAGGAGGACUGGAUGCACAAAAGGGUUAGGGGGCAGUAUGCAUCUUUACGCAAAAGAUUUCUAUGGUGGUAAUGGCAUCGUUGGAGCUCAGGUUCCUUUAGGUGUCGGAAUAGCAUUACGUAUGAAACAUCGUGGGGAAAAGUUUGUCUCUGUAACUCUUUAUGGAGAUGGUGCGGCUAACCAGGGACAGGUGUUUGAAGCCUUUAAUAUAGCGAAGUUAUGGAAUCUUCCUGUGAUUUUUAUUUGUGAAAACAAUAAAUAUGGUAUGGGUACAUCUGUGCAGCGUUCAUCAGCAAAUACUAAUUACUAUACUCGUGGAGAUUACAUUCCUGGAUUGUGGGUUGAUGGUAUGGAUAUACUUACUGUUAGAGAAGCCACACGUUUCGCUGCUGAUUGGUGUCGUUCUGACAAAGGACCAAUACUGUUAGAAACAGAGACUUAUCGUUACCAUGGUCAUAGUAUGAGCGACCCAGGCACUAGUUAUCGUACACGUGAAGAAGUUCAGUCGAUGAGGCGUGGACGAGAUCCUAUCGCUUUAUUUCAGAAGAGCAUUGUGGACAAUGGGCUAUGUACACAGGAUGAAGUUAAGGAGAUCGAAAAAAGGGUUCGAACUGAAGUAGAUAAAGAAGUAGAAAGGGCGAUGAGCGACUCAGAACCACCACUAGAGAUGAUGUUUGGAAAUAUUUACCAUGGGAUACCUCCAAACUACAAGAUUCGAGGUUGUGAUUUGAAAACUUGGGGUUCACUAUUUGUCACUAAGUAGCGAGAUAGCUUUACGUGUUCUGAAGUUUGAAAAAGCUGGUCAGCAUAUAUUAUCUAAUUUAUUAGUCAGGCUUUUAGUAUUUUCUAAGGUACGAAGAAUCACAAAUAUUUAAUCCCUUCAUGAUACAGCCUGUAUACGUAUGAAUAAUUUUGUAAUUUAUAUCGUCUGAAAUAAAAUCUUAUACUAUAGUAAUGAUUUUUUUUUUUUUUGUGAUUGUUAUUAAAUUAUUGCAGUGUAUAUAAUCCCGAAAUUUAGCAAAUCUAUGAAAGGUAUAAACUUACAUAACUUCCUCUUACAAUAAUACUAUGUGGUAAAAUAUAGUUACGUUGGGUUUUUGAUUUAGGAUCCGGUGCAUAUUACUUUUUUAACAACAUCUACAUACAUGCUGUACACAGAGUGAUGGUUAAAUUGUGUUUUUUUAUUACUUAUUUAAGCCUAACCCCCCCCCACCGACGAGAAAUCUGUAGUCAAAUUUGUCACGGGCUCUGCUUUCCAGUCUCCAAUAAGUGGUAUUCAUGGUCCUGACGUCUGCUUUCGAUUCCCUGCGUCACGUGUUCUUCAGUUUGUCUCUUCCUUUGCUCAUGAGCAUCCCAAGUUAGGUCUCGCUUUGUGAUCCAGUUUGGGAGUUUCCGAUAAGUUCAACAUAUCCACCCACAAAGUUUUUCCUAAUUUCGAUCUCAAAUGAUAAAUUCUCUGUUCACUGCCACAGUACGUCAUGGCUAUUGGACUCUGGAUACUAGAUCUGAAUUUUGUUGCGUAUAUAGAUGUCCAUAAAUACCUGUACAUUUUUGAUGGUUAUGGUGGCCCUCUGAGUCUCAGCUCCAUACGACAGAAUUGUUUCAACAUUUGUGUUAAAAAUUCUAACCUGUAUUGUGUGACAAAUUUUUCGAGUCGCAGAUAAUAUUUUUUUUCAGGAGUGCUGUCUCUGCUUUGCCAAUUCGUGCCUUAGCGUCUCAGAUCCACCUUUCUUAUCGAUGUUUCUAUCCAGGUAUAAGAAGCAUUUUACCUCUUCGAGAGCUGCACAUUUAAUUGUAAUUUCGUUGGCACUCAAUGUAUUGCACUUCAGGAUCUUGAUUUUCCGCUUGUGACUGUUGAGGUUUAUUCCUAUGAAAGCUGCUGCUGCACUGCCUGUCUUGACCUGAACUUGCUGUUGUGUCUGCGAUAACAGGGUUAAUUCAUCUGCAAAGUGUGUCCAUUGUAUUUCUUGAGAUAUAGGAGAGUUCAUAACCCAGUCAACAGCUGGCAUAAGGAGAAAAUACGAGAGCGAACAGCCUUAUGUCACACUAGUUUUCACGUGAGAUGUAUCUUAGACCUGCUCUCCAUGCACUGCCUUGCAACUCAGUCCUUCGUAGAAAUUCUGCACGAUCAUAACAGUCUUCUCACAUACUUCAUAGUGUUGAGGAGAUGCCACAAGGCUUUUUUAUCCACACUGUCAAAUGCUUUCUCAUAAUCAGGGAAGUCAAUGGAUAGAGGUGAGUUUCAGUUAAUGGUUCAACAGUGAUCGGUAGCGUUGCACUUUGGCCUUCACAUGAUCGAUCACUACGAAACUAGUGUCUUAUUUCGAAAUCGGGCGUCUACUGAGUCUUUCAUUUGGUUGAGCAAUACUGUUGGAGCCUUUCUACGGUUUUAACAGAGGCAAUCUAUCUGUAGUUCUCGUACCGACUAUGAUCCCUUUUCCUCGACAUCUUUUUGAGAAGUCCUUGUUUCCAAUCUGUGUGUACUCGUUCUUCCUCCCAAAUCUUUUUUGCAGACAACGUGAAACACUCUUAGAGUUACUACUAUGCCUGAAUUUAGUGCUGUGACUGGCAUGCUGUCUGGUCCUGUAGAUUUACCAUCUCUGAUUUACCUAGUGGUCCUGGUGUACUAUUCUGUUGCUGGUGCGUUCAAAUAUACAAGGAGGUCUGUAUGUUGCUUUAAUGUUUGGUAGAUUCAUAAUCUCUGGUAUAUUGAAGAGCUCUUCAAAGUGUUCGAACCACCUGUCCGUCUGCUCUUGAACCUCGGUGAUUGAUUUACCCCGUCUCUUCCCGACCGUCUACUGUGGUUUACAAUAUUUGUCUGCAAGCGUCUUGUCUGUGUCCUAUAGUUUUUUCAUACUUUCUUCCUGUGCGGUUUGUUAUGCUGUAGUUGCCAGGUCUUCCACAUAUUUUUGAUUGUCGACCCUGAUGAUCUCCACUCGUUUGUUUGCUUCUGUAUAUUCGACUUUUGUCUUGGCUUUCUUUAGUUUUGUUCGGUUGUUUUCGACUACUAUCUUCUUGUGUUUCCUAUUUUGAAUCUUUGCCCGGGUAUCGAUAUAAACCCACUCUUUGAGAUGGUGCUUCGUGGGACCUAUCACCUGGCAUGUUCAAGUUAUCGCUCUUUUAUUCUCUUCCCAAUUGUUUUUCAUAGUGAUUUCCUCUUAUUGUAAUAAAUCUUGUAAGGCUUGGAACUUGUUUGUGAGAGCUUUCUAUAACCUGUUGUCGAAGGAGAAGUGGUCUCGUGGCUUUCAAAAACUUGACUAUUACCAUGAGGCAUCACAUCUCCCCCAUGUGACGAUCGUUCAACUGCCAGAGAAAUUUUGUUUGCUCUGAUCAGCGAUUUUGUAGCUGGGUUGUUGUUUGAGAGGUAAGGUUGCCAAAUUUACAUUCAAAUUUGCACUACACGUGUUUAAAACUGGCAUUUGCUCCAAAGGAGCUAUAGCCAGUGUUUAUGUUUUUAACAUCUGAGUUAAUUUGGCGCCUUCUGUUGCCAUAACGGUUCGACUUUCCAGGAAAUUAGAGACGAUCCUAGAAAUUUAGUGUUUCAGUAUAUUAUAUGAGAUGUAAUAGCUAAAGGAAAAUGCAUAGCCAUGGAAUUUCAUAAGUUUGAAAACGUCACUAAAUGAUAUUCAGCUGUCAUUAAACUCGAAGAGUCUUGACUCAACGCUUUCGGAAAUUAGAUUCACCUCAGUUUUCCAUUUUUAUACUAAAAUUAUGGUGAUACAUGCAUGUUAGUCAAACCGGAGUCUGAAAUGUUGAGGUAGCUAUACAGUUUAUCAUGUACAUUCAGUGGUUUCAUAUUACAUUCCCAUGUUAUCGUUUAACCAUCGUAAUGAUAUUUUCACUAUGGUAUUCCAAUUGGAAAUUUCCAGGGCAGGUUAUUGAAAAUGAUUGUGUUUAAAAUAAGAAGGUUUGGUUCAGCGAAGAGUUCGCUUUACUGUGAACUCAUUUUCAAAGCUUUACAAUCGUAAAUAUAUACUUAUUUUCUCAAAAUGAUAAUCUUUAAAAUAAUAGUGACAAUUAAACUUUGCUAAACAGUGCUAACAAUGAGGAAUUUGUGGUGUAAUAUUUGUAUACAUUCCCUACAUGAUACUAUUGACUUCACUGCUUACAUAAAAAAGUGAACGUAACUGACAAACUUGUCUGUUCUCUAUAUAUCUUAUCACUGUUCACUAAUGUUCCGCUCCUAGAGACCAUCAGGUUUAUCUGCAAAUACACAAAAGAUAAUGAGAUUAAGUCGAACUUCCGGAGUCUUAUUUAAAGGAAUUACUAUUGCAAUGCAUUUGUAAUGUACAGUUUACACUCAACUACGUAAUUCAUAAACUAAAGGAUGGCAUAGAAAUGAGAUCUCUUUUUCCAUUACUAACAGAUUAUUUCAUGGCCAAUUAAGAAAACAAUCAACUUAAAAUGACAACGUUCCCUUGUUUACAAGGUACGUGGGUGAUGUUUUUAUCAUUUUUGACGAUAAAUAUGAUAUGAAUCGUCUAAAGACAUUUAAAAACUGCUCCUAGGCAAUAGAUUUCACACAACAUCAGAAACAAACGGUGUCCACUUUCUAUAUUUUGAAAUGUCAAGAAAACAUGACGGAACUCUAAGAUGGUGCAUCUAAAGGAAAACCCUUCUGAAAUGGCCAGCUAUCAUGUCUUCACCUCUGGGUCCCCAAUAGCCGGAGGCGAAGCUUAAUUAUGUUCCUCGCUACACGAAUACAAAGAAUUUGUAGUCCAGAGGUCAUAGGUAACAAACUGAGCUUUUUUCUAAAAAUAUCGAGAACGGGUAUCCUUUAAUAUUUAUUGACAAGAAUACAAAACUCAAACCACCUAAAGCACAAGUAACCUCCGCAGGAAAUACGCUAUAUGAACAUAUUUUUGAAUGUGGUAUAGCUACAGACUUCCUGAAGAGGGGAAUUUCCAACUCUCAAUAUAACGUUCCUCGCAACAACUUUGUGAAUAGUGUACUCCAGCUGAUCAAUGCUCACCAAUAAUCGUAAGGAUAAAUGAUCUUAUUCUAUGUGUGUUUAUCAAUUUGCCGUUCGUGUUGAGCCAGGUAUAUAGGCCGUUCGAUGCGUAUUUUAUCCAGGAGAGUUCGAAAACACGACCCAUCUUGGCUGAAGAGAUGUAAAAGGCUUAAUAGGAAGUUUAAUAAUCCAACAACUCGUGGACACAGAUCAUUCAACCAAGGCGGAUUCUGCUUUUAAAAUCAUCCACAAGGUUAGUAAAAAGCUGCUAAUUCAGUUAUAUUCCAACUUCUUGGCAUUGCCAAUGGACUAGAUAUACUUCUGAAAGCAGAACUAUGCGUCCAAAGAAACUGGUACUGUAGUGAACGAGAACACAAAUGGAGGGCAAUCGAAUGUAUUUGAGCACAAAAUUACAAAAUCUCUUAGUAAAGUCUGAGAACCAUACAGUAAAUACUUAAUUUGUAAACUGUCGAUCAAUUGUCUCAAACUUAACUGUUCCUUUUGCAAAUAUCAGUUAAUCGUCUCAGACUUCACUCUUCUUUCAUUUCCACUGCAAUCACUUACUGUUCUCGUCCCCAUUUCUUCGAUCUUCUUAACCAUCUGCUGUCAGGUAAUUCACUUUCGAUUGAUGAUACAUACUGCUUCUAUCUGUUGACAUCAGUAGCACACACCACAGGACCAUGGUCCUAAUCUCUCUUAACUUUUUUUUCCCUUCAUAUUUUUCUUCUUUUACAGUAAUUUGCUCCCCUCUUAUUUUGUUUUCCAUAUAUCUUUUACCUCAAACUGAUUUGUAUUUAAUUCUAUAAUUCUCCUGAUAGUAAUUCUCAAUUUCAACGUUUUAUCUUAUCAUGCUGAGCCCUCCCUUUCCAAUAAAAAUUUCUUUAUCUGUCUUCAUUAUAAAUAUUUAAACCCUUGAAAAGAGGAUUAUUAUCAGUUUCCCUGAUAAAAAAGUUUUAUCUCUUUGUUUAUUCUACCUCAUUUUUACCAUGUUUAGAGGGAUUUACUUAACACUAUUAUUUUAAUUAUUAUCAUUUUGUAAAAAUAAGUAAAUAUUUAUGAUUGUACAGCUAUGAAAAUGAAUUCACAGUUGUUGUAACGGGUGUGGGACUGCAGGUUUUGAUAAGCAGCGUAUUUACCGAUCGCUUCUGUGACAGUGACACGUAACACGUAGUGGACGACCUAGUGCCCUGAUUGGCCCUACUUCGCUGUCUGCCUUAGCCAGUUGAGUCAAGAGCACAAGUCACAGCCUCUGAGUUAUGAAUCAUUAUAUUUCAAACAUACUUUGUUUAUAUACCAAUCAAGCAUAACACAUCGUACCAUAAAAAUAGAAAACAACAUUUUGUACAAUAUUCAACAAGUGAACAGAUAUCGACCAAUAGGAAAUGUCCAUUUAAAGUCCAAGGACACCAUUGGACUUAACAUCAUAAUUAUUGGUCUAUUCCUCCGCAUCCACAACAACAGUAAAGCGAACUCUUUGUUGAGCCAAUCUUUUUUACUUUAUAUCUAAAUUGGUAUAUUCCGUUUAUUAGUGUUUUGCCAAAUUUAUGUACUCUUUGAUACUGUUUUGCAGUCUUAUCUUCUUUUCUAACGGUUUAAAAUUUUCUGACUGCUCUCACACAUAGCUUUUUGAAACCGUGAAAAAUUGAUUAACAAAGAACUUACGAAAAACAGCUACCAUUCAGUCUUUCUUAAUUUACGUUAUUUUGUAUUUAUAAGAUAAGUAGAUCGCCGAGUUCAAUGUUAUAGAUUUGGAACUUUGAAUAACGAAUGAAACAAUCCCAUCCAAAUCUGUUUUCUGACAGAGAGAGUCUAAGGAGAUGAAUAAUGUUCAGACGUAGUGUUAUUCGUGAACAAGAAGUUUGUAUAUCACUAUCAGUUAAGCCAGAAAUCAUAGGAUUCAUUUCAUUAGUAACUGUGGCAACACAGUUUGUAAUAUCAACGCCUAAUAAGGAGACGAGGAUACUUAUGAAAAAAUCUCUACGUGAUUGGAUUAUAUGGUUUCAGUUUGAAAAUAUAGUAAAUAUAGAAUGCCUAAUAUACUCUGAAGAAACAGCUUACAUUAAGUUGAUAAGCGUCGGAGAUUUAAAUUUCCUACACGUUGGAAUUCUACAAAUAUA